AAAAAGCCCAGGCGGGCGGCAGAGACGGAUGGGUAGAGCGGCCGCCUUCGUCUGCGCGAGAGGCCUCUCUGCGCAACUCAGGCUUUAGGGCUCUGUGGUUUAGCUGGUCGGCUGGGAGAAGCCUGGCAAGCGGGGUUGUAAUGGCGGGCGAGGAUGAGGCCGGGGACGCAAAGAAGUCUUUUAAGCUACUGGGAAUACUUGACGUCAGAAACGUCCCUUGUGCUCGAGAAUCAGUGCUCUAUGGCUCAUUGGGUGGUCUAACUGUGGGUCUUGGACAAUUUUUGGCAACUAGCAGAGUGAGACGAUCCUGUGACUUUGGAGUGGGAGGUUUUAUCCUGACAACAUUAGGAUGUUGGGUCUAUUGUAGAUACAAUAAUGCAAAACUAAGGAUUCAGCAACGAAUUGUUCAAGAAGGGACGAGAAAGAAAAUUUUGUAUGAAAGCACCCAGUUUGAUCCAGAGAAAAAGAGAAGUGAAGAAAGCCGUUCUUGAAACAGCACGUGGUUGUGAACAUUUCUAAGCACAAUACGAGCCAUAGCUAAUUUGCUGAGCAUUAGGAAACAUUCAGUUGACUGCCCUGAAGCUCCAGAUUGUGUUUUUCAUUAAUUCUCACAUUCAAAUCAAGUGUGAAGUAUAUGUAAUCCAAUUUACUUUCCUUGGGGAAGGGGCAGUGGGUGACACUUGAUGUUUAACCCAGGGUUCUAGAGCAGCACAAGGUAACUGAUGCUUAUAACACUCCUUCAAAAUGUCUUAAACUAGUGUUGAGCUGGAAGCAAUUUGAGUUUGCAAGGUUGCUCAGUAAGUUACAAUAGAAAGUUGCAUACAAGCAUCUUUUUCCUCAAUAAAAUAUAUCACUUGCAUCAUGUUCUUUCAUUAGAAUACUGUUAAAUUAAGCUAAAGAAGAGAAUAGUUCUAGGAAAGUACUGAUUACCCUCUUUCUACUCCAGAGAAAAAGUUAUGCAAGUUUUCUGCACUGAAAUCAUGU